CAAAGAUGAUUGCUACCUUUCAGGUAUUCUCAUGGUUUUAGGGAAUGACAUAUGAUUUGAUUCGAUCGGUCUCUUCCCCACCAUCAAAUGCUUGUGUGCCGGUACCCGACGGGUCCAUUCACCAGUUCACCUCCAUUCGCUUCGAUCGGGAUAUCGACGUGUUUCGAUUUCCACGGAGGGCUUUCACUGGCUAGAUAUGGCUUUUAGACCAAAGCAUAGACGAUUUCUUUGCCCAAUUGCCGAUCAGCUAACUCCUAGCCUUCAUCACUGCACACAUCUUUUUCUUUACCCAGUUUUCGUCUUUCCUUGUGAGAACAUACAUUUUGUCUCUGUCUCUUCCAGGCAAGCAUAGCUAAGAACUCAAGCACGAGUAAACCAGCUCCUAUGCUUCCGGCGAAGUGCGGAUACCUGAGCUUCGAAUCAUGAUCCUACAGUUGUGGGCACAAUUGCAAUGACAGAGGAAGAGCGUGUGCUGCAUAGGAAUGAGUUGUCACUACUCUCCCCAACGACCGGAAGGGCAAUCCAACAGGCUCGAUCUUCCGCGUUAGAAGCACUGCACAAUCAUUCGUUUUACAAGUACGACAAUGAGCGUGUCCCGCUCUCUCGCAGAGACACUGACGCUUCAGCUGCGUCUCUGAGCUGGAAGAAACGAAUCAGGCAUUUUACUUGGGCCUUCUUUACUCUUUCAAUGAGCACUGGUGGUAUCGCAAAUGCCUUAUAUAACGUUCCCUAUAAAUUCCGCGGCCUUGAAACGAUCGGUAUCGUAGUCUUCCUGUUUAACAUUGCACUAUACAUUAUAAUAUGGUGUAUUCUGCUGCUGCGAUUCUACCUACAUCCAUAUACCUUCAAAUUAUCACUUACGCAUCCAACGGAGUCAUUGUUUGUGCCUGCAUCUAUCGUCUCAUUUGGAACAAUCCUGAUCAAUAUUUCUCAGUACGGUCCAGAGGCUACAGGACCUUGGCUAAGUUAUGCUGUCGGUGUGUUAUUCUGGAUUGAUGCGGCUCUCGCAGUGAUCUUCUCUGCCGGCAUCUAUCUGCUAUUAUGGUCAACUCAGACUUUCACGAUAGCCCAGAUGACACCUAUAUGGAUCUUCCCGGCGUAUCCUAUGUUGAUAAUAGGUCCUCAUGCAGGGAUCUUAAGCGCAAAACUUGAACCCUCUCGUGCCUUACCUAUCAUCAUUGGGGGAACAACCAUACAGGGCAUAGGCUUCUUAGUAUCAUUGACGGUAUACUCGGCGGCGUACAGACUCCAGUCUGAUGAAAGGAAUGUGGCCGUGGGCUGGUGGAUCUCGAGGCUGCAGCUCAUCCACCCACCGAGAGAACUUUUGUCCUUCCAUCCACAGGAUCUACGACUCGACGUCAACGACUUACACUUUUGAUAUCCAGCACGGUUUUGCAUGCUUGAUACCCUUUUCUACGGUUAGCAUUUUAAAUGGAAAUAGAACGGAACUAUGACACUAAAAGUUCAUCAUACCACAAUGAGAUAAAUGGAGACAC